GAAGCCACGUGAGAGUCAACUUCCAACUGUGUGUAAAACACACACCCACAGGAGAAAGUCAUUCCCAUAAAAGGUCAACGUGGGCGAGUCCUAACUCAUAAAUGGAGAUUGUGGACGGGAGUCGUGGAUGGAACAGCGCAGCAGGAGCACCAGCAUGGAGGAAAGCCUGUCUCAAGAAACCCUUCAGUUGAAGAGAAAAACAAGACAAGGGGCCAGUUGCUCUCUGCUCCUCUUGAGCUUCUUCCUGCUGAGCGUAGCUGUGGUUGUGGCCGUGGUGGCUGCUCUGAGGGGGGGCUGUCCCCAGCCACCUGGCACCCAGUGUACAGUGCAUGCUGACAGCCACGUUUCAGACCUCCGUCAUCAACGGCGCGAGGACGAAGACAAGAAUCCAAGUGCGCUGCUCACAGCUCCUUUUGGCAGCAAAACCAACGGGAAAUAUCUCCUAUGGGAGAGUAAGAGCGGGAAUGCCCACUGUCGCGGAGGCUUCGUCUACGCCAACGGGAGCCUGGUGGCGCCCAGGAAAGGCAUGUACCGAGUCUUUUUGCAGAUCACCUACGAGAGUAAGGCUGACUUCCGAUGUGAUGCUGGUGGUGUGAAGCUGGCCAACACGGUGUGGAUUUUCCGUGAUAAUUAUAGAAGGGAUGAGAUUCUCCUUUCGUCAGUCGACACAGUGAGCUGCAGCACAGAGCAGUGGAGUAAGUCUCUCUACACCGCAGCCUUAUUUUCCUUGGAAGCCAACAGCAGACUGCGAGUGACAUCCACGUACGCCCAUCUCAUUGCUCCCAAAGAAUAUCUGGUGUUCUUCGGGGCCCGACUUCUCCCUGAGUAACCUGGUCCAUUGCAAUCGCCUUGUAUGUACUGUACAUACUGUAUUAAGGGUGUUUUUGUGUUGACGUUUUGGGCUGUCUGGAUGGGAUUCAUUGGAUUUGCAUUGCUUGUUAUGGGAAAUGAUGUUAUUGUA